AUUGAUGUUUUAUUAUUAAUGAAUAAUCGAAGCUAAAAUAAUAGUGCUGGUUAUAUUUCAUCUCCAGAAUAUCCUUGGUAAUAGCACAAAUAAUAAGAUGCUGAGGAUGAAUUUGAACCACAAGAUAAAUAAAUACUAGAUGAGACAAAUGCAAAAUUUUAAAGUAGUAUAUCAAUUUAGGAUCCUCCUGUCAAAUAAUAGUAUUGUUUUAAUCUAUUUCAGUUCCUCUUUGAACUCUAUUCAUGAAGAAGAACAAUAGCAAAAGGUAUAAGAUGAAAUCCUCAGUCCUUCUAAAUUACUAGAAACCAAUAAUGAACUUAAGAGUGCCUUCUCAUUUGAAAUUAAGCCAGAGCAAAUGUAGAUACAAGAGGAACCUAUAGCAAAUACGAGAACAAGAAGAAAGGCAAGCAAAGCCAAUUAUAAUGUACAUGUUUCCGUUUUAUUUAAUCUGAAGGUUGAUGACUCUCCUACGAUGGACUCAGAAAUCAAGCCUUGCCAUUGUUCUAAGACAAAUUGUUUAUAAUUAUAUUGCUCCUGUUUUCACAAUCGAAGAUAAUGUACUUAAGAAUGUAAAUGUUCUGAUUGUUUUAAUGAUGGAUGGCACUAAGAUGAAGUUAUCAAGGCAGUUGAAUAGAUAAAAAUUAAGGAAUAAAGAGCAUCACAUCAUGAUCUUGAUUCUUUUGACACGAGAUAGGUUUGGGGAUGCAAAUGUAAAAAAACUAAAUGCGUCAAAGGAUAUUGUGAAUGCUAUAUUAGAAAUAAGAAAUGUAGUUCACAUUGCCAAUGCUCUGAUUGCCAAAAUAAAAAAUAAAAAUCAUAAUUAAGCAAGAAAAUUAAAAAAUUGUGA